GGACACAGUGACAGCAGCAGAGCCCGGCAGUAGCAGCAGCAGAGCCCAGCAGUGGCAGCAGCAGAUCCCUGCACUGGCAGCAGCAGAGCCAUGCAGCAGUGGUGGACCCAAUAAAGCUACCUAUUAUGGCGUGGAGCAAGCAUGUGCCUUCACUAAAUUCCACACUGACCAUCAUACAUAUUCUACUCUACUUCUUUACUCCAAUGUUUUCAUGUUCCAAUGAUGAUCUUCUCCAGAAAGCACAGAAUCUAAUGAAGUCGUUCCGACUGAUUGAUGGACACAAUGACUUUGCCCUGCAACUCAGAAGGCUCUACAAUAACAGGAUAUCAAACAUUGACUUGUUCACUUUAAAUGACACGAGAACCAAUAUGAAAAAACUGCAAAGUGGUCAUGUGGGAGCUCAGUUCUGGUCUGCAUAUGUUCUGUGCAAUGCUCAAGACAAAGAUGCCAUAAGGCUGGCCUUAGAGCAGAUCGAUGUCAUCAAAAGAAUGUGCAGCAAAUAUAAGGAACUGGAAUUGGUAACAUCAGCAAAAGGUAUUGAGGACACCAUAAAGAUCGCCUGUCUAAUUGGGUUGGAAGGCGGUCACAUCAUAGACAGCAGCCUGGCUGCCCUCCGGAUGUUCUAUGAUCUUGGAGCCAGAUACAUGACUCUGACACACACGUGCAAUACUCCAUGGGCAGAGACAUCUGAUGAAAAGACCCAUACAUAUUACAAAGGAAGAAAAGGCUUGACAGAUUUUGGCAAGGAAGUGGUGAAGGAAAUGAACAGGAUAGGAAUGAUCGUUGAUCUCUCUCACACAUCCUUCAGAACGUCUCGAGAAGCCUUAACAGUAUCUAAAGCACCAGUUAUAUUUAGUCACUCAGCUGCCUUUGCUCUGUGUCCAAUAAAUCGUAAUGUUCCGGAUGAUAUUCUGAGAAGUAUUAAAAAGAAUAGAGGAUUGGUAAUGGUGAAUUUUCAUUCAGAUUUUGUUGCAUGCAAAAAGACAGCAAACAUAUCUACAUUAGCAGACCAUUUUGACUACAUUAGGAAAUUGGCAGGUGCAGAGUCUGUUGGAAUUGGAGGAGACUAUGAUGGAGUAAAUGGGUUUCCUGAUGGUCUUGAGGAUGUGUCAAAAUAUCCACUACUGAUUAAGGAAUUGCUAAACCGUGGAUGGCAAGACACAGAAAUAAAAGGAGUAUUAAGAGAAAACUUACUGCGAGUAUUUAAAGAGGUGGAGAAUGUUAGAGAUGACCAGCUGUCCUUGAAACCGUCUGAGGAAGAAAUUCCAGAAGAAGAGCUGAGUGCUGCUUGUCGCUUAAGUCUCCGAAAAUUUGUGCCACCAAAAAGCAUGGCGAUAUCUGGAAUUCAAGAAAGAAGCAUUUCAGUUCCUAUAUUGACAGCCUGUAUAUUCUUCUGCAUACAUUUAUGAUAGCAUGAAAUAUUUUUAGAAUUAUGUAUGCAUACUCAACAAUUCUAAAACAGGUUUUAUAUUUAAGUAUAAAGAUCCAAAUGAUAGCACAAAUAGUACGGUAUGCAUUGGUACCAAGGGAAAAUCAUUGAGUCAUAACUGCUGACAUUAGAAUACAAAUAGCAGUGCUUAUUUAGAUGUUGCUUGAGCCUUUGGUAAGUAGUUCUCAGUAUUAUUACAUCUCCAGCAUGUACUCCUAUGAAAAUAACAACAUGUAGGAAAGUAGGUUCAAUGGGAUGGGAUUGAAAUGCCGACAGUUGAGAUGCCGGCGGUCGGAAUACCAACAAUGGCAUCCUAAUGAUCAGAAUUCUGACAGGGUAAUAUAAGUAUUUGUACCUUCCCCCACUGGCCCCCUAACCCUAAAACUCCCUUCUAGCAGCUUAAACCUUACCCUCCCCCUCCCCGCACCCGCAGCCUAACCCUCCCUGGGGGUGCCUAAACCUAACCCCCCCUCCCCGCAGCCACAGCCUAACCCUCCCUCUCUCAGCCUAAACCUAAUUUCCCACCCUCCAUGGCUUACCUCGCCGGCAGGUGGGCGGAUACUCGUUUGGGAUUCCAGCACUGGGCUGAUGAUCCUAUUCGGGAUGCCCGUCCUGGCAUUCCGAGUAGUAGGAAUUCCAGUGUUGGUAUUCUGACUGCCAGGAUCCCAACUGCUGCGAUGCUGACCUGAUAACUGAUCUGGAUGUCAGUUGCGUAAAAUGGGAGUAACAUCUACUCAUGCACUGAAUUGAACCGAAAGUGACACUGCAGCUACUGUAUAUAGAGAACUAGAGUAAUUUAUAUAGUAUAAACUUGCGUAAUUAUCUAACUACAUUCAUUCACAUCAAAAUGAUCAUACAGUAUUACUCAUCAGAAAGUAGGGAGUGUGGAGAUAAGAUUGCUGACAUUGCAUUGUAGACAGCAGGUAAUCUAUUAAACUAGGAAUGUUCUAAGCUUAAAGUAUUUGAAGAUACUAUAUUAUAAAAAAAAAAAUUAUUGAAUGAUGUUUGUGGUGAUGUCUUUUAAAGAUUUAAUAAAGUGUGAAAUCAAAAUAA